CGUUGAGAUCAGUGGAAUGUCUGCUCGGAGUAACGCGGUGUAGCGUAGCGUCCGUUAGCUUGGAGUUACAGUAGAAACAUUUAUAAAUACACACACAUAUAUAUAUAUACAGUGUUUUUGGCCAAAGAAGUUACAGUGUAAGGAAAGCGUGAUGAGUGCGCCGGUGUACUCUGAUGAGGAGGAGUGUGUGUUGGAGUCAACUGCGGCUGAUCUCGGCAGCCACGCACAUGCCAGGCGCUUUCAGGCUCCGAUAACAGAACUUUCAGUCAUCGGUCCUGCAGAAACACACACACAGCAGGUGAACAAAGGUGAGCGCAUGGAGGACAAACUGCAGGUGUUUUUGCGUGUUCGUCCUCUUACAGAUGCGGAGAGACAGCGUGGAGAAGAUCAGGGCUCUGUGUGUGUACUGAGUGAAGACACGCUGCUCCUGAAGGCCCCUAAAGACUCUCAUAGCAUGAAGAUUGCAGAGAGAGGAGUGUCACAGAGUGUACACAAGUUCAAUUUCACACGGAUUUUCAAGGAAGCAGCGUCUCAGCAUGAAGUUUAUGAUCAAACGAUGAAGGAGAUGGUGCGGGACGUCCUUCAUGGAGAGAACCGACUUCUUUACACAUACGGAGUGACAAACUCGGGCAAGACCUACACCAUACAGGGCUCAGCAGGUGAAGCCGGUCUCCUCCCCCGAGCUUUAGUUUCUGUGUUCACUGCACUGGGGGGACAGCUUUACCCCCGUGCAGACCUGAAACCGGUUCUCAAGCAGGAGGUCCGCCGACUGAGCGACACAGAGGUCCGCAUCGAAGAGGACAGACGCCACGGUCUGCUGCGAGAGGAGGAAGUUUGUAGGCAACGUGGUGGUGUUAAUGCAAGCGUUAGUUGGGACAGUGGAAUCAGUGGACUCUCAGCCAUUACACGACUGGAAGACACAGAUGGAAUGUGUUUGGACAUGGACGGAGCGGGACUCGGUGAUGUCACUGUGGAUAAAACACUGCAGUUCAGCAUCUGGGUUUCAUUUUAUGAAAUCUAUAACGAGUUUGUUUAUGAUCUGCUGGAGCCACCCAUGUCUCUGCACACACAGAAGAGGAAUACACUGAGACUGAGCGAUGACAAACACGGCAACGUCUAUGUCAAAGAUUUGACUUGGGUGAAUGUGCGCAGUGCUGAUGAGGCAUGGCGAGUGCUCACUGUUGGCCGGAGCAACCAAAGCUUUGCCAGCACACACCUCAACCACAACUCCAGCCGCAGCCACAGUGUAUUUACUGUAAGAGUGCUGCAUUUCCAGCCAGAAGGGGGCACCACACAAAUCAGCGAGUUGUGUGUGUGUGACCUGGCUGGCUCUGAGCGCUGUAAAGAUCAGCAGAACGGAGACAGGAUGAAAGAGGCGAACAACAUCAACACUUCCUUGCUCACACUGGGACGCUGCAUCAGUGCCAUGAGACACAACCAGACGUACAGGCAGCGUCCGGCGCAGGUCGUUCCUUUCCGGGACAGUAAACUAACCCGAGUACUGCAGAGUUACUUCUUAGGACUCGGCCGCGCCUGCAUGAUGGUCAACAUUAAUUCCUGCUGUUCUAGUUACGAUGAGACACUGCACGCCCUCAAGUUCUCUGCCAUCGCCACACAGCUGGUCCAUGGUCCUGCCUCUAAGAGUCGAGUGGCCUACAUCCUCUCCUUGCUGCGUGAUGCCCCUAUAGAUGACACUCUGAUGGAAGAAGAGGAGGAGGAUAGUGAUGACGAGGAGGAUAUCAGCAUGUUCCAGCCUGACGCUCUACUAAAGGCGAUUAAUGUUCUAAAACGAGAGGUCCUGCGUCAGCGAGAGGAAAAAGAUGAACUGGAGCUGAAGAUCAGAGAGCAGGUGUGUUCGGAGAUGAUGGAGGUCAUCAACCGCAUGCAGCUCGACUUCAGUGAGACAAUGGAGAGUGAGAGGGAACUGAUGGAGAAUCGUUGUGAGAACAAAAUCAACAACCUGAAAAACAGCUUAAAGAAAUACUACAGUCAGGAGCUAGAGGAACGAGACGAUCAGAUCCGGGAGCUCAGUGCAGCACUGAAAGAGAGGGAGAGAGCAAGUACAGCUCCUACCCUUCCUCCUGUGGUGGAGUGUGAUGGACCACGCCGAUCACAGCGCAUAGCGACAUCGCACAAACCCAGCAGCCAGCAUGAACAUGCAGAGCUGGAACACACUAAAGCUGAAUUAGCACAAGUUAAAUCCGAGCUGGAGCAGUGCCGAGCUGAGCUUGACCUCAAACAAACCGAGCUUACACUCAAAACGCUGGAGCUGAGGCGUUUUCAGGAUCAUCCCGGAGCCUCCAGCCUGACUGCAUCUGCAGAGCGUAAACUCAUCGAAGGACAGAAGACUUUGAGGCAAUUGCGUGCUGAUCUGCGUACACUGGUGUUGAAGCUGCAGUCUGGAGGGCGAGCAUGCUGUCAUUAUACUGAUGGAGAGAAACUCCGCAUAUCCCUUAACACUGCCGACUCAACACUAAUCAAACAGGAUCAGAUGUUGAUGGAUCUUCUCUCGACGAUGCAGCUCCUCAAAGGUCAGCUCCAUCGAAAAGAUGAGACUCUUACAAAUCUCAAGCGACCUUUCACCCCUGCUUCUCCUGCGACCCCUAGCUCCUGCAGCAGGCGUGGCUGUGGAGUUGCCGUCGCGAUGGUGGAGAACGAAGCCCCAGGCAAGCGAGGGUUCUUGCGGCUUUUCACACCGUCACGUUGCAGCAAAACAAGAGGGAAAGCAGACAACACAACGCCAUAUGCACGUAUACUGCGCUCACGCCAACCCUCUCCCCCACCAAGCCCCGCCCUUACACGCAGGGGCAGGGUGUAAUGAUGCUCACCUGACCCCUGGUUUUUCUGACGUUUAUUAAGGAGAAAGCAUGUUACUCUAAACCCUUUCUGCCUUUUCAAUUUUCAUAUGCAUGACACUGAUAUGAACCUUUAACACACUUAAUCUAACAAGUCAGCUAAUUAACUGCUUUUACUCGGGUGAAGUUGGGAGCAGGGACAAUAACAGGUGCAGGACAGGGAGUUCUCCAGGACCAGGGUUGAGAACCUCUGCUGGAAAGCAGAAUGUUUAAUUAUCCGAGCUUGACAGAUUAAGGACUCUGCAGCUUUUCCCUAGCAGGACGUAUUAUUCUAAACUAUGCAUUUGUGUCACAUAUUUAUUAUACUGUUAACUAUUAAUCAAUUCUUCAAUAACCCAUAAUUACUGCAACAAUCUGUUCAUUAAGCUAAAGAGCAGGAUGAGGAAGGAUUUUCUUAAUUAACUACUCAUUAACAGCUCAUUAGAGUAAUAACAAUUGCUAAUGAAGAUAGCGUUGAUAUUUUUGGUUUGUUUGACAGAAUUGAUAUAGAAAUAAUGACUAUAAUUAUAAAAAAUUCUUGGAAUAAUAUAUUUUGCAGUAAGUAUAAACAUUUAAUGAGACACUAAUCCAUCAGUGACGGUAUAAAUAAUAUGUGACUCUUAUUGUAAUGUUUGAACCGAACGUUUUUUCCACAUGGCCCACAGUAUCGAUGUUCUUGCUAGAGUAAAAAUGGUUUUAAUGGUAAAUUCAAAGCUUUAAUGUUGCAGCACAAGUUUGUACAGUUUUGUAAGAGAUCUGCACAAUUAACCUACAGUAGCUGUGUGUAUACACGGAGUUUCCUCGGGGCAUUUAUAUCUUCUAUUAUUUUUAUUUUUAAAAAGAUUGAUAUGAGCAGUGUGUUUACGCUAAUAGUCUUGUGUGUGUGUUGUGUGAUUUAUAUGCUGUAAUUACAUACAGUCAUAUGAUAAAUCUGUAUGCUGUUAAUCACUUUAUAUGUGUUUAUAUGUGUUUUGUGUAAGGCACGCUGCUGUGGAUUGAAUAAAAGUCAUUCACGGAUACA